AUGCCCAUAGAAGAUCUGUGGGCUAGCCGAUGUGAUACCGUAACCGGAGAGAUUACAAUCAAUUCGGCCACAAAUCUUACAGAGAGUCAACUGGAGAAGCUUUUCCAGAAUAUCACCACCAUAAAUGGAAGAGUUUUGGUGGAAAGGACGAAUUUAAAGCGGCUGACCUUCUUGAAGAAUGUUGUCAACCUGAACACUUACUACUCUGCCUACGUGCUUGAAAUUAUCGACAAUCCUUUUCUAUCGCAAGUGAAUCUGGACAAAUUAACGUCUGCAGAUGGGAUGGUUACAGUACGAGGGAAUCCUUUGCUAAACGCGAGUAGGCUUUGUACUCAACUGGAAAAAAUCGUUGGUGAACAUUGGAGGAUAUCCGGAAAUAAGGUGGACUGUGGUGGCUUUCAGCUGGAUUUUCCCUUGACAUUCGACUCCAUAUUGAACGUACCACCGAAUCUGACCUUUAUUCAUGGAGAUGUAAUUUUUAGAGAAACAGCAAUUCCUCCCGAUCGACUGGCUGUCCUUUCUUCAGUGAAAAAAAUUUCCGGAUGUUUAGCAGUGCUGAAAACCAAUUUUGAAACGCUCUCAUUUCUUGGGAAUCUUGAAGAAAUCAAUUGUGGAGAUAAGCGUCAGGCUGCCAUCAGCAUUUUUGAAAAUGAUUAUCUGAGCAGUCUCGGUAUGCCAAAGUUGACAAAAAUACGUACCAGUGCACCUAUUGAAGCUCAGAAUAAUAGAAUUUUCGAAAUAACAUUCGAUGAAAUCGAAGCGCUGGUAACUACCGGCGUGCCACCCAUCCAGUUCAACGGAUUUUUUCCUACAGAGAACCUGCCAGCGGAUAUAUGCAUUUUCAACUCACUGACAGAUGACUUAACGGCACUAAAUGAAAACUGUACGGGCCUCGUUGGCCUCCUAUAUUAUGAAGAGCGAUCAUUUUCGGAUAUGGAAGUACAGAUUCUCAAAAGAGUACGGAGAAUCUAUGGCAACAUUGACCUAGUCAAUAUGGAUAUCGAAGAUUUGUCCAUGUUCUCAGCAUUGGAACAAGUUAUUUCAUUAAACAAAACAAGAGCGAUUCAACUGAGUUCUAUGAGUUCAUUGAAAUCAAUUUCGUUGCCGAAAUUGAAACUUGUCUAUGCACCAACCACUUCCAAGUUUGCUGUCGACAACUGCCCAAACAUCAUACUCACUCCGUCGGAAUGUGAAGCUUUCAACAAAGCCAGUCAUGAUGCCUUUUCUAUAGAUAACGAGUUUUGUAGUCAUUAA